AUGGGAUGUUACACCUCAGCUCUCAUCAGCUCUGGAUAUGCUCAAAGCAAACUGGACUAUUCUCUAUUUAGCAAAACAAAUGAUAGUGGAAUGGUCAUCAUCUUAGUUUAUGUAGAUGACCUGCUGAUUACAGGUAGCAGUAUAUCUUUAAUCCAAGAGGCAAAGGAUACACUGAAUCAUAACUUCAAGAUGAAGGAUCUAGGUACUUUGAGAUAUUUUUUGGGCAUUGAAUUUGCUAAAUCAACAAAGGGAAUUCUAAUGAGCCAAAGAAAGUAUGCUUUGGAGUUAACAUUUGAAUGUGGUCUAGGGGGAGCAAGGCCAGCAUCCACUCUAUUAGAACAAAAUCAGAAGCUCACCAGUGCCGAGUAUGAUAGACUUACUGAGACACAUGGUGAUAAAGUGCUGGGGGACAAGACUGGAUAUCAGAGAUUAGUUGGCAAACUUUUGUAUCUGGCAGUUACAAGACCAGACAUUUCAUUUGUAUUACAGUGUUUGAGCCAAUUCAUGCAUGAACCAAAAGAAUCACAUUGGGAAGCAGCCCUCCAUGUGGUUAGAUACAUCAAGGGACAACCAGGUCUUGGACUCCUCGUGAGCAGUAGAAACUCAAAGAGUGUUGUAGCUCAUUGUGAUACAGACUGGGCAUCAUGCUCAAUGACAAGAAGAUCUAUAACAGGUUAUUGUGUGAAGCUAGGUGACUCAUUAAUUUCAUAG